AUGAAAAGAUAUUCUCCAGUCCUCAAUACUGCCAGUGGAAUGGCUGUCGGUGAAGCAACCCUACCAGUUCGGAGGGAACAAUUCAACCUUGCUGAGUGCAAGUGCUAUCAGCUCCUGAACGUUCAUAGACCGACGAUAUGGAUUAAUGAAAGGAUACCGGAUUCGUGGAUGCACGCUGCCAUAAUUCUCCUCCACAAGAAGUUUGCCGUCACGGAUCCCAAGAAUUAUCAAGGGAUAUCCGUGUUGCGUGUAAUGUGCAAGGUUUUGGAGUGGUUCACUCUAGAUUGGCCAAUCAAACAUCGCAAGGACACUGCCAGCGAAGAAGAAGCCGGCUUUCGCCCUGGUCGAUCUGCGAUUGCAUAA